CUCAAAACCUAUACCUCGUUCACAGCUCCCGUCGUUCAGAUACAGCAGCCUCCACGCUUCUUCUUCACGAGCACAACUGCAAUUUCUCUCCCACCUGCACGGCUGCACCAUCGACACUUCUCCUAUAUCCGCCUCCAGACCUCCGCUCGACGGCGCGACCAGCUACGGUCUCUCCUCCGGUCUCCUGCUUAAAUGGAGAUGAUAGGCGAUAGCAACAUGAUCAUGAUGACACAAAAGAAGAAGAAGAAAAGUAAAGAGAGAAGUUUGAAGCAGGGACCUCUAAAGUCAAAGAAAAAGGAAAAACUUAAACCAAGCAACUCCCAGAAGAGAAAGCUGAGGAAACUUGAGGAAGAAAAGGAGAAAUCUGCCAUGUUAUCUAAAAGCUUAGAGACAUUAGAUAAAUACAAACUUCAAGAGGAUGCUUAUUCACUCAUGUGGUCUUCACGCAAUCUGGGCCAGGUAGAAACUAUGCGUGAGAAACGCAGAAGAGAAGUGCAGUUUGCCAAGACAGGUUUGGUACUGCAACACAGUGAUUGGCCUUCAAAAAGAAGAUGCAACGAAAGUGAUUCAAGUGUAAUUCACUCAUCUGACCAAGUUGACAAUGAGAAUGUCUCUAGUCAACCCAUGAACACAGAUAUUGAAAUCCCAAAUAUCAGUCCACCACCUUCUCCAGAAGCACCAUUUACCAAAGGAGCUGAAUUAGACCUUAAGAGUGUUGUUGAUCAUGAGCAUACCAACCCAUCUAUGACAGAAGAUCAUGAAGAUUCAUUGGCAACAACUAGCCAUCGUAGAAGCAUGUUAGAGGAGGUAGAUGCAAAGGCAAAGGGUGUGGCUCCUUCACGACCGAAACAUGUAGUGGUUGGUGUAUGCAGGCCAAAGGAGGUUGAAAGGAAUAGGAUGGAUCUUCCUAUAGUGAUGAUGGAGCAGGAGAUUAUGGAAGCCAUAUAUGAGAAUAUCAGUGUCAUCAUAUGUGGAGAAACAGGGUGUGGUAAGACUACACAAGUCCCUCAGUUUUUAUAUGAAGCUGGAUUUGGUUCAAAAAGCAGUGGUAUUAUUGGUGUUACACAACCGAGGCGUGUGGCUGUGCUUGCAACUGCAAGGCGGGUGGCAUUUGAGCUUGGGCUUGGCCUAGGGAAGGAGGUUGGUUUCCAGGUUAGGCAUGACAAGAGGAUUGGGGACAACUGCUCUAUCAAGUUCAUGACUGAUGGAAUAUUGCUUAGAGAAUUACAGAAUGAUUUUUUGUUGAAGCGAUACUCAACCAUAAUAUUGGAUGAGGCUCAUGAGAGGAGUCUGAAUACAGACAUACUUACUGGGAUGCUAUCUCGCAUCAUAGUCGAACGCCUGAACAUACAUGAGCAGCAAAAAGCGUAUGAGGUUUCAACAGGAAAGACAAUUAGCCCUGAAAAGAAGAUUUUUCCAUUGAGACUGAUACUGAUGAGUGCCACAAUGCGGGUUGAGGAGUUUGUGUCUGGGGGUAAAAGUAAAAUCUUUGCUACUCCGCCACCUGUAAUCCAGGUUCCAAGUCGACAAUAUCCAGUGACUACACAUUUCUCAAAGAGAACAGAUGUUGUGGACUACAUUGGGCAAGCAUAUAAAAAGAUUUUGUCAAUUCAUAAGAGACUUCCAUCUGGGGGAAUACUUGUAUUUGUCACUGGACAGAGGGAAGUAGAAUACUUGUGUCGUAAGCUGCGUAAAGCAUCUCUUCAGAUGACCAAUAAUUCCAACUCCAACGUAAAUUUAAAUUUAAAUUUAAAUAACAAAGUUGUUGUCUCUCAAGACUUUGACUUGAAGGAGAUUGAUGAAGCAUUUAAGAUGGAGGAACAAACGGAUAAUGAUGAUUGUGAUUUGUCAGAUGAUGAUGAUGAUGAGGAUGAAUCUGAUGAAGAAAGCGAUUUGGAUUCUGUUAAAGAUAACGAAUCUGUGUUGGGAGAAAAUGAAAACUUUGCUUCACUGAAAGCAGCUUUUGAAGCUUUGUCUGGGAAAAAAACAAGUUGUGAAUCUGAUCCGAAAGAAUCAGAUUCAGAAAAGGAAAAGGAAAAGAAGGAUGAUGGGUCCCGUAAGGGGACGGGUGCAUUGACGGUUUUGCCCCUGUAUGCGAUGCUUCCUGGAUCUGCACAGCUUCGUGUGUUUGAGGAUAUGAAGGAAGGAGAGAGGUUAGUGGUGGUUGCUACUAAUGUUGCUGAAACGUCUCUGACAAUCCCAGGGAUAAAGUAUGUGGUGGAUACAGGAAGGGAAAAGGUUAAGAAUUAUAAUCCUUCAAAUGGGAUGGAAACAUAUGAGGUGCAGUGGAUAAGCAAAGCAUCUGCAGCUCAACGUGCUGGAAGAGCUGGAAGAACAGCACCUGGCCACUGUUAUCGUCUCUAUUCUUCUGCUGUCUUCAACAACAUAUUCCCUGACUUUUCUACUGCUGAAAUCUUAAAAAUUCCGGUUGAUGGUGUGGUUCUUCUCAUGAAAUCCAUGGGCAUUAAAGAGAUAACAAAGUUUCCGUUCCCUACUCCCCCAGAAGCUAAAUCAUUGGUUGAAGCAGAGGUUUGUUUAAAGUCUCUUGAAGCCUUGGAUUGCGAUGAAAAAUUAACGCCUCUAGGAAAAGCUAUGUCCCAUUAUCCAAUGAGUCCUCGUCAUUCGCGAAUGCUUCUUACAGUCAUUCAAAUCCUGAACAACAAGGGAAGAGGUUCAUCAACAAGACAAAACUUAAUUCUAGGUUAUGCACUUGCAGCUGCUGCAGCCUUGAGCUUGUCAAAUCCUUUCGUAAUGCAGUUUGAAGGAGGAGAUGAAAACCUCAUCAUAAGUAAGGAUGAUAAAAAGAAGAAAAAGAAACUCAAAGAAGCAUCCAAAACGUCCCGUGCAAAAUUCUCCAACCCUACAAGUGAUGCCUUAACUGUAGCUUACGCCCUUCAGUGCUUCGAACAAUCAGAAAACCAGUUACAAUUCUGCGAGGAGCAUUCGUUACACCUUAAAACCAUGGAGGAAAUGUCAAAGCUGAGAAAGCAGCUUCUCCAUUUAGUGUUUAACCAAAAACCAUGCGAUACUGAUACACAAUCGGAUCUUUUGUGGAAUCACAGUAGCAUAGAGGAUGUAGAAAGCACUUGGAUGGUUUCUACCAAUUCCAAUAAUAAGCAUCCACUGAUGUUGAACGAAGAGGAGCUUUUGGGGCAAGCGAUAUGCGCUGGGUGGGCAGAUAGAGUUGCGAGACGUGUGAGAGGGAUUUCAGGGUUAUCAGAGGAAGAUAGAAAAGUGAGUGCAACAAGAUACGAAGCACACAAAGUAAACGAAACGGUGUUCCUUCACAGAUGGUCGUCUGUUUCCAGAACUGCCCCUGAGUUUUUGGUUUUCAGUGAGCUUGUGGAGCGUAAGCGGGCGUAUAUACAUGGAGCCACAAGGGUAAAACCGGAAUGGCUUGCGAGAUUUUCUACCUAUCUUUGUAGUUUCUCUGCUCCACUUACAGAGCCUAAGCCAUAUUACAACCCUCAAACCGACCAAGUCUAUAAUUGGGUGAAUACGAGUUUUGGUGACCACUUAUGGCAGCUCCCACUCCACAGUUUGCCUGUGAAAGACGAGAGAGUUGAAGUGAGAGUGAGUGUUUUCUGUUAUUCUUUGUUGGAGGGUGUUGUGUUGCCAUGUGUGAAACGUGUGCGUGAGUUUAUGGCUGCUGCACCUUCGAGUGUGUUGAAGCCGGAGACAGAAGGGCAUAAGAGAUUUGGGAAAAUUAUUUAUGAGUUGAAAAAAAGGAAUAUUCAUAGUUGUGACAUGCUAAGGAAGGCCUGGGAUGAAAAUAGAAGAAUACUUUAUCAGUCACUCUUGGAGUGGUUUCGGGAGGGAUUUGAGUUUGAUGAUUUGUGGGAGGCCAUGCAGCGAGAGGUACGUUUGGAUCCUCAGGAACGCUUUGCCAAGACAAAAAAAAAAGUUAUGUUGAAGAGAUAAGUUUUGCUGUUUAAUUAUUAGGUAUUGAGUAUGACUGAUAAAAUAUGUUUCCCAACAACUACAAUCUCAUCUUUAUCUUUAUCACAACUUUUUAUUUAUUUAUUAUUUAUUUAUUUAAUUUAGAUGUGAAUGAUAAAAGCAACUCUUUAAGAUGCCAGUUCAUUUAGC